AGCGUUUCUCUUCCGCUGGCCUCUGAAACCGGCCUGACUGUGUGAAGCCCUCUUUAAGUUACAGAAUGGCUGCUGUAAAAGCGCUUAAUCCCAAAGCAGAGGUAGCCAGGGCUCAGGCCGCCUUGGCUGUUAACAUCAGUGCCGCCCGUGGACUCCAGGAUGUCCUGAAAAGUAAUCUAGGACCGAAAGGAACCAUGAAAAUGCUUGUCUCCGGUGCAGGAGACAUCAAGCUCACUAAAGAUGGCAAUGUUCUUUUGCACGAGAUGCAAAUUCAGCAUCCAACUGCAUCCCUCAUUGCAAAGGUGGCCACAGCCCAAGAUGACAUCACUGGAGAUGGAACCACAUCCAAUGUACUCAUAAUUGGGGAGCUAUUGAAACAGGCGGAUCUUUAUAUUUCUGAGGGUCUCCACCCCAGGAUCAUUGCGGAGGGCUUUGAGGCAGCAAAAGACAAGGCAUUGCAAGUGCUGGAGGACGUGAAGGUCACCAGGGAGAUGGGCCGUGAGACGCUCAUCAGCGUGGCGAGGACUUCGCUGAGAACCAAGGUUCAUGCGGAGCUGGCUGACCUGCUCACGGAGGCUGUGGUGGACGCUGUGCUGGCCAUCAAGAAACCCAAUGAGCCCAUUGACCUCUUUAUGGUGGAGAUCAUGGAAAUGAAACACAAAACGGAGAGUGACACACAACUCAUCAGAGGUUUGGUGUUGGACCAUGGCGCCAGACAUCCAGACAUGAAGAAGAGAGUGGAAGAUGCCUAUAUCCUGACCUGCAAUGUCUCUUUGGAAUAUGAGAAAACCGAGGUGAACUCCGGCUUCUUCUACAAGAGCGCUGAUGAGCGGGAGAAGCUGGUGAAGGCCGAGAGGAAGUUCAUCGAGGAGCGUGUGCAGAAGAUCAUCGCGCUGAAGAACAAAGUGUGUGCUGACAACAAUAAGGCCUUUGUUGUCAUCAACCAGAAGGGCAUUGAUCCGUUCUCUCUGGAUGCUCUGGCUAAAGAGGGCAUUGUAGCCCUGCGCAGGGCGAAGAGGAGGAACAUGGAAAGGCUCACCCUAGCCUGUGGCGGCAUCGCCAUGAACUCUGUGGACGACCUCACCCCCGAGUGCUUGGGCCACGCUGGUCUCGUCUACGAGCACACGCUGGGAGAGGAGAAGUACACAUUCAUUGAGAAGUGCGGCAACCCUCGCUCUGUGACGCUGCUGGUCAAAGGCCCCAACAAACACACGCUCACUCAGAUCAAAGACGCCGUGCGGGAUGGCCUGCGUGCGGUCAAAAAUGCCAUCGAGGACGGCAGUGUGGUGGCGGGAGCUGGGGCUUUCGAGGUCGCCGUGGCUGAUGCUCUGGUGAAACACAAACCCAAGGUGAAGGGCCGGGCUCAGCUGGGCGUGCAGGCGUUUGCUGAUGCUCUGCUCGUCAUCCCAAAGGUCCUAGCUCAGAAUUCAGGCUAUGACCCACAGGAGACUCUUGUGAAGCUGCAGACUGAAUUCAAGGAGUCUGGACAGCUCAUUGGGGUCGACCUGAGCACCGGUGAACCAAUGCUAGCUGGGGAAGCUGGUGUUUGGGAUAACUAUAGUGUUAAAAAGCAGCUGCUUCACUCAUGCACGGUAAUCGCUAGUAACAUCCUCCUGGUAGAUGAGAUCAUGAGAGCUGGAAUGUCCUCCCUCAAAGGCUAAAAGAAUUGAGCAUGACAACCCGCCAGAUGAAGACAGCCUAGGCGUUUGGCACCCACAUGAAUUUUGUGCUAACUGCAUCCUGACUGGAUGUCCACUUAUUUUCUGUGCCCGGUAGCGUUUUCAUUUCCCGCAGGACUCUUCCUCUAAUCAGUUGGGUUAUUUAUGAGGUUUUGUUAAAAGGCACUAAACUGCAGUACACACCUUUUUCUUUGUACCCAUUAAAUGUUCUGGUUCGUGAAA